AUGGGUGGUGCAUUCAUUAUGCAACAUUGUCAUUUAUAUGGUCUCAAUUCUUUCUUAAAGGCUAUGAACGCAAAGUAUGGAAAACAUACAAUGGAUAUCCAUAUUUGGGCAAAGAAAUUUAUCGAUCCAGAUGUUGUAUUAGUCAAACUAUCAAUUUCAUUGUUCGCUUUCUCUGAAAAUACUUGUUGUUAUUAUUCAAAUACCUUGAACAAUUUAACAAAUUCUAUUGAUAUUUUAAAGAUUCAAAAUAAGUAUGCAGAAGUAACAUGGAAAUAUCUUCUCUACACAUAUGGUCACUAUGAAGCUGUGAAACGAUUUCUUAAUAUAACUCUUUGGCUUGCUGCUAUGAAUAUUUUAAUAGUUCAUAAUCGAACUCUGAAAGUACAUGUUCAUGAUAUUGAUUCAAUUGUUGAACAAACUGAACUGACACUUAUAUUAGAUGAUGCUGAUGAAAUAAUUGAAACAAAUCAGUAG